AAGGUUUCCUUUUUGAAGAAAUGAAACCUAACCCAGCUGUUGUUUAUAAAACUCAGCCCAGUUCGUGACUCGUCAAAACAGAGAACGACAUGGACCCUUGGACAGCUGCUGCUGUGGUAGGAGGUGCAGUAGGCGCUGUGGUCGCAGCUCCUGCUGUUCUGGGAGCCAUAUGUUUCACCUCAGCUGGAAUAGCAGCAGGCACCAUUGCUGCUAAAAUGAUGUCAAUAGCUGCAGUUGCUAACGGAGGAGGAGUGGCAGCAGGAGGUUUGGUGGCUGGUUUACAGACAGCAGGUGCAGCUGGUCUGUCAGGAGCUGCCACUGCAGCUGUGACUGGAGCUGGAGCAGCAGUGGGAUGGCUGACUAGCUUCAUCAGCUGAAAAACAAGAAGA